CGAUCAAUGCUGCCGUUAAAGCUAUCCAAUACCGAAUGGCACUUUGCGCCAGUCAGUCUCGUCUGUGAUACAGCCACGGGUGGCGUUCAGCAUUGUCGGCGACUUAUAAUUAUUAGCUACGCUUUUGAAAAAUUCACUAAGAAAACUUAAAAUAAUUAUAUUAUUUCCCUUCCAGCAGUUUGACUAAGACAGCUAUGUAUUAUCCUUACUGUAGAGCAAGACACGCAAACAGAUAUGGCAGUCAAGUCAACAAGAAAGAAUGAACAAACAGCCGAGAGUGAAACACAGCCGCAUGGCAAUGAAACUGAGACUCGUAAGAGUAAAAGUAUGGACACGAAACUACAGAUGUCAACACAAAUAAAAACAACAACAACAAAAACGCCACAAGGAAUGGAAGAUCACACCAGCCUACUGGAAAAUUCCACACCGCCAACUAGUACAUGCACAAAUGUGCUAUCCUCUACGUUAAGUAUAAACCCAAAGCAACAACUUCUGAGAAAAGCAAUUUCUACUUGUUGGCAAAAAACACUACAACUCGUCACAACAAACACUGGCAAGCCAGCCAAUAAUCCAUCAGCCAAAUACUUUAACUGGUCAUAUCGACUGUUGCGACGCAAACAACUUAUAUUCUUACUCAUUUUUGUGAUAUUCAUCUUCUAUUUGGGUAGUUCGAUACGCGAUGGCGAUAAUACGGACGAAAGUGUACACGUGCUGCACUACUCGCAUGUGCCGGGCAUGAAGGACAAAAAAAAAGAGCUGCUGUCACAAGCUAUUGGUAGUGUGAGACCAUUAAUGACACCACCAGCCGACAAUGUGGCACUUUUGCCGACAUCCAUUGUUGACCAAACGAUAGCAACAACCACAGAGUCCCGCACCGAUUCUAACUCUAAAAAUCCAUUAACUAAUAAUACAUAUGAAAUCGUACAACCACGCACAGGUUUUCUUGUUUGGAGCGAAUCCUGUCGAAUACCAGUUGUAGAUGUAUAUGCGCCGGAUAUAAUGCAACAUUUUAAGCGUGAAAAAUAUAAGCCAUGCUCGAAAAAGAAACCACUAACUACGGUCACUUUCAAUACGACUUCCAAGGAGUAUUUGCUGCAAAUCGAGAAGAGCGAAAUAAAGUCAUUUGGCAAAUCAGGCCGCAUACGUUGCUGCUAUCAGCCGAUAAUACGCAAUGGCACAGGCGCAAAGGCGGAUGAAGACUAUAAGCUUGGCAAGUGUGUGCCUUUUAAGGAUAGCGUCUCUCUAUCAGCUAAAAUCGAGAAUAUUUUAGUACAAUGCGAUUCCAACAAGCGAAAUGUCUAUAAAAAUGGGCAUCCUUUGAUAAGCGAAAAACCAGAUGUGCUGGAGCGUUUAAAAACUUGGCGGGAAAAAGAUGAUGAACGGGGUGGCACGAAGCCACCAAGCGUGCUAAUGAUCGGCAUCGAUAGUAUAUCGCGCGUAAACUUGAUACGAGCUAUGCCAAAGACCGCGCAGCACCUGUAUGACAACGACUGGUUCGAAUUGAGUGGCUACAAUAAGAUAGACGACAAUACAUUUCCGAAUUUAAUGGCUCUGCUUGCUGGCUACAAUAAAUACACUACCGUUAAGAAAUGCCCUCCAAAAGUCCUCGGUGCCUUAGACAAUUGUAGUUUAAUCUGGAAUACCUUUCGCGAGCAUGGCUAUGUGACCGGCUAUGGUGAAGAUGCUGCCGAAAUCAGUACAUUCAACUACUAUAAGGUGGGAUUCGUGAAACCACCGGUCGAUUACUAUCUACGUCCAUUCCAACUCGCUGCUGAACAUCAUCUGUAUAAAACUUUGAAAUCCGGUCUCACCUUCUGUCUCGGCUAUCAGCAGUCAGCGCAAUUUGUACUCGACUAUGCGAUAGAGUUUGCGACACGUUUCAAAGACCAUCCGCUUUUUGGCUUAUUUUGGGCGAAUUCCUUUAGCCACAACAAUCUGAGUGAUGCCUCCUCAAUGGACGUGGUGGUGCUUAACUACCUGCAACGCCUCGAAAAGUUGGGCAUACUCGAUCGCAGCAUCGUCGUAUUCUUUAGCGAUCACGGUUUACGCUUUGGGCCCGCACGUGCAACAACUUCCGGUCAUAUGGAGGAGCGGCUGCCGUUCAUUUUCAUUUGGUUGCCACCGUAUCUGAAACAAAAGUAUCCCAGUUUCGUGAAUGCUUUGAGUGUGAAUAAAAAUCGUCUGACCACACCAUACGAUCUACACAUGACACUCAAGCAUUUUCUUCGCCUAUCCGAGCGCAUCGAAGACAAGGACAAGGCAAGUGUCUUAGCUCCAGCUGAGGGCUGCACGAAUUGUCAAACUCUCCUCGAGCCGGUACCUUUGGAUCGUUCGUGCAACGACGCGGCCAUCGAUGAGCACUGGUGCACUUGCAUACCCUAUAGAAAAGUGAAUAAAAAUAUGCAUAUCGUACAAAAAUUGGGUACUAUGACGGUCAACUAUAUAAAUGAGCUUGUGCGCAAUUUCAACAACGGCUCAUUGACCUCGCUAUGUCGUUCUCUGCAGCUCGGCAAUGUGAUAAGCGCGCAUCGCUCGUGCAAGGACUUUCGACCGAAAGACGCAAAUGGCACUGCCUUGGAUGUGUAUCGGCUGCAUUUAAUCACAAAACCGAAUAGUGCAGACUUCGAGGUAACUCUGCGUUAUAAUCCAGCGACUGAGACUAUUAAGAUCACGGGCGAGAUAAGUCGUUUGAAUACGUAUUUCAAGGACUCGCAUUGUGUGGCCGAUAGCUUUGUGAAGAAGUACUGCUCGUGUGCCUAGCGCAAGGCGGCAAUGCCUACUGCGGUGCAAAACAGCACGUCUAUCAAGACGUACUGAUCGCUGUGGACCGCCUUCCUACGCGGAGGGUGAAUAGAUUGUUUUGAAUUUGUCUGCGUUUUUUUUUUUGACAGUACUUUAGCUUAGCACUUAAAUAUGCAAAAAUAUAUAUUUACAAACAAAAUCAAGGCUCAAAUCAAUAGCUGUAGUAUGACAAUUUUGUGUUAAAUAUAGUACAUACAUUCAUGGGCGUAGCCAGGUGGGGCCAGGGGGGUGCUCGAGCCCCCCCCCCCUUAACUUUNAACCGCUGG